UUAACACUUUGAUGAUACAUAAAGCAAGUUUUAGAUUAGGAUUCGUUCAACACUAAACUUUAGUGGACUUUUUGGUGGGCAAACCUGCUAAAAAAAAUGCUGGUAAAAAAGUAUAGGUCUCUCAGCCAUUUAUAUUUUCACCGCAGAUGUAAUAAUUAAUUAGAUAGUAUCUGAAUGAUGACAGUAAUUAUCUCAAAACGCCGUGCAAUGAAUGUCAUAUUGCACUGCACUGCCGUGCUGCUGCUGAUAGUGACUUCGUAUGGUGCGCACGGCUCCUCUCGCGCCACGAGACUUACACGACAAGUGAACCGAGGUUGCGAGAGUGGCUCCUCCUGCGUCCUACUGGGGCAGUGUCCUGCACUGAAUGCUUUGCUGCGACGUCCAACCCGGGACGGACUGAACCGACUACGGUCUCUGGGUUGUGGGUUCGAAAAAAGGCGAGCAAAGGUGUGCUGCCCUUCGACACCAGAGACUCUUACAUCCCGCGCAGGCCCCUCCGACAGUCCUCCACCCUCGGCAGCCAGCGAGGCACUGCUGCCCUCCUACUGCGGUCACGCGGUCUCCAGGGACAAGAUACAUGGAGGCACCCCCGUACCCUUGGGCGCGUACCCAUGGAUGGCCGUGUUGGGCUUCACCACGAGUAAGUAG